AUGUCUUUUGCUUCUUCUACAUCAUGCCCAGACUAUGUGUCAUACUCUAAGGAGUUUCAUGAACCUGGUAGUGGCGGUCUAUUCAAUUUGCCAUUUCAGCGCCCCCUCGAAUCCUGCAGAAAAUUUACAAGCGCAGUGAUAGAAUCUGUCAUCAGUAACAUUACCUCUAAAAUCGAUAAUUUGGAUUUGGGUCGAUUGUUCACCAACAGCUUCCCCAAUACAUUAGACACUACGAUAUCUCAAACAGCAUGUAUUGUAGACAAUAGUCAUAGCUGUGUACCUUUAGCCUUUAUCAUUACGGGCGAUAUCAACGCCAUGUGGCUGAGAGAUUCUGCCAACCAAAUACUACCCUAUCUACCCUACGUUCAUCAAGACAUAAAGUUGAAGAAACUGUUUUUGGGCGCCAUCUAUAUGCAAGCUCACUUUAUUACCAUGGAUCCUUAUGCCAAUGCCUUUAACGGACCCAGUGAUAUGAAUGCUCUAUCCACAUCCAUCUUCAACAACUCGGCUGGUGAUGAUUUCAAUAGGAUGGAAAAAAGAGCAAGCGGCUUGAAGGAAGGAGUUUGGGAAAAUAAGUGGGAGAUCGACUCUUUGGCUUCCUUCAUGAGUUUAUCUUACCGUUACUGGAAUCAAACAAAAGAUAACUCCUUUGUCAGUGAUACGGUUUGGGUAGAUGCUGUAGAGAUAUUGUUGGACACUCUAAAAAAGGAACAACAACCUACAUUUGAGCCGUCUUCAGGCAAAGUCAUGGAGACGGAUUACUUGUUUUUAAAAACAUCGGACAGGCCUACAGAAACACAGUACAAUGGGGGUCGUGGUCAACCUGUAAGAUACACGGGUAUGGUGAAAAGUCUAUUCCGUCCCUCCGAUGACGCUACCGUCUUUCCUUUUUUCAUACCUGGCAAUGCUAUGCUUUCCGUGGAAUUAGAUCACUUGUCAACAUUGCUAUUAUCGUCCUUUUCAGCCUCAGCAUCAGAAAAUAGGCAAGGAGAGAGGUUACAAAGAUUGGCAGCAGAGUCAGCCAAAAUGUCAACCGAAAUCAGAGAGGCCAUCUACAAAUACGGAAUGAUCGAUCAUCCCAUUUACGGGAAAAUCUUUGCAUACGAAGUGGAUGGUUAUGGCUCUUUCCUGAUUAUGGAUGAUGCAAACAUACCGUCUUUAUUGUCUCUUAGCUAUCUUGGUUUCGUAGACCAGAGAGAUCCCGUUUACCAAAAUACAAGAAAGUUGGUUUUGUCAAAGGAUAACCCUUAUUAUUUCGCUGGGCCCCGUGCUUCCGGAAUAGGUGGACCCCAUGUUGGACUGGAGUAUGCAUGGCCCAUGUCACAGAUAGUUAGGAUGAUCACCUCGGAUGAUGAUCAAGAGAUAAUGGAGUCUCUGAAUAUUAUCUUGAAUUCUACAGACAACACAGGUCUUAUUCAUGAAUCGAUCCAUGUGUUUGAAAAAGCAGGAGGUGAUGACAAUGUGGGCUAUACUCGAUCAUGGUUUGCAUGGGCCAACGGAUUAUUUGGCCAGGCUAUAUUGAAGAUCAUGUCAGAAAAACCACAUCUACUUACCAAGAGCCAAUAA